CAGAUCAAGAAGGAAAUAGAAAAGUAAGUCCCUCUUGUGUCCUUGGUGAAACGAAGGCGGUGCUAACACUCUCAUAGCCUGAUCGACAAGGAUUACUUGGAACGCGAGGGCAACACUUACACGUACUUGGCGUAGAGGGAUAGUUGGCAUGGCGGGACUCGUUUGUACCCAGGGGGCAAGAGCACGCUGGUAAGGCAAGUAGAUGGCAUGAUUGACCUGUCCAUAUACAUACAUGAACUGAAUGAAGGAGACGCUGGAUGGUUAGGAAACCGGCGUUUUCAUGGAACAAUGCAAUCUGAGUUGGCUCUAAUACGGAGUGCCCAUCUGCCUUCACCGGUGCACUGACCACUCGAUCUAUGCUCGGUGAGCUCGGUGACUGUCGAUGACCCCUGUCGGGACCCUGCGGAUAAUCGUUCCACCUAGCGCAUUGCGGGGUUCAAAAAAAAGUUGCGGCGGCGGUGGUCCCUCCUGCACCUGGCGCCAAAAUUUUGGGAAAUUUUGUGCCAAAGGCGGUCGGCCAGAAAUAUUUCCCAUUGUAAGGUGCACCGCGAAACCUCGACGACCUGACUUGCGCCGAUUCCCACCAAACACCCUACCGGAUUCGACGAAUUACCUCGCCGAGCCGCCCUACAAUUAUCAAGGAAAGCCGAACAAGGGGACAUUCGCCAAUUGUUUAAUCGAAGUCGACAAACCAGCACAAACCGCCAAGAUGCCCAAGUCAAAGCGCAACAGAGUGGUCAACCUGACCCAGGUGAACAAGAAGACGCGCGAGCAAAAGGACAAGCUCUUUUCCAACAUCCGCGAGUCGGUGCCGCAGUACCAGCACUGCUUCGUCUUUGGCGUUAAUAACAUGCGCAACAACUACCUCAAGGAGGUCCGCCACGAGCUCAACGACUGCAGACUCUUCUUCGGCAAGACAAAACUCAUGGCCAAGGCCCUAGGCCAAGACCCCUCCUCCGCCGUCGCAGACGGCAUCGAGCGCCUCACCCCCUUCCUCGCCGGCACCGUCGGCCUCAUCUUCACCAACCGCGACCCGGCCUCCAUCCUCGAGUACUUUGACGGCGUCUCCCCCGUCGACUUUGCGCGCGCCGGCACCGUCGCCACCCGCGACUUCGUCAUCCCCGCCGGCGUCGUCUACGCCACGGGCGGCGAGGUGCCCGCCGAGCACGAUGUCCCCAUGGAGCACAGCAUCGAGCCCGAGCUGCGACGCUUGGGUAUGCCCACGCGCAUGGUCAAGGGCCGCGUCUGUCUCGGCGGCGACGAUUCUGGCGAGGGCGAGGGGUACACCGUCUGCAAGGAGGGCGACGUGCUCGAUAGUCGGCAGACGAGGCUGUUGAAGCUGUUUGGGAUUUGCUUGAGCGAGUUCAAGGUCAAGGUGCUUGCAUACUGGAGCUCUGCCUCGGGCGAGGUGACCGAAGUAAACCCCAACGCCAUGGAUGGCGUCGAGGUCGAGAGCGACUAAGAGCCGAAAUGUUAUGAACAAACGUAAAAAAAAGAACAAAAAGCCUUCUAGACUUUUGACGAUUGCUUUCCUCAUGUAGGCUUGAUACCAUCAUGGAUUGAGAAAGGGUGGGGACCAACAAAAACAAUUUUCACGGCGUUUUACGGGCGGGGGUUUUUACUAGAUUAUUAUUUCUUGAAAAAAAAAAGUCAUGCGUCAAAGCAUCAAUCUUCUUCCAGAAAACAUUUCUCUCGUCCAUGUAGGUGUGAAAUGGGAUGGAAGCAAAAAAAGAAGAAAAGAGAAAAAAAAAG